AUGCCUUUAGAUAAUACAAUAAGGAUGGACUUCUAUUUUUACGAGUAUUUGACUAAUAGAUACCGCCCCAGCUUUGUUGAGCUCCAUUUCGGGUUUUGUGACAUGUUAGAAAAAGAUUCAAUUUUUGGGUCACAGAUUAAACGUCACCGUGAAAAUUUAACUUGUCCUUAUCCACCAAGGCAAUACAACCUCACGAAAAUGUCAGUAACAUUUAUACCCAAAAAUUUUCCCUUUCAACGAGGACGCAUCUAUUUAAAUAUUACAAGGCAUGAAAAUGAUAAAAAAGCGUUAUACGUGAGUGCUCAUAUUGACAUGGAAAUAAAAAAUAUAAUUUCUUAG